AUGACAAUCGGAUUUAGAACGAUUUCAGGGCUUGUUGUGCCCGCCGUUAGUAAUUUAUUUUGUUUAGCUCGAGUGCAACUUAGUACGGUAAAUAUGGCUGAAAAUAAUCCUGACUAUAAAAGUGCUACAAGUAUCCAUGAGUUUACUGUAAAAAAUAUAAAAGGAGAAGAAGUCAAACUUGAUGUAUACAAAGGUCAUGUUUGUAUCAUUGUAAAUGUUGCGUCUCAGUGUGGUCUGACAGCAAACAACUACAAGCAACUAAAUGAACUAUAUGAUCAAUAUGCUGAGAGUAAAGGUUUGCGUAUCUUGGCAUUCCCUUGUAAUCAGUUUGCGGGACAAGAACCAGGAAAUUCCGAAGAUAUUGUCUGUUUCAUGGGUGAACGCAAAGUAAAAUUUGAUAUGUUUGAAAAGAUUGAUGUUAAUGGAGAUUCUGCACAUCCACUGUGGAAGUUUUUGAAGAACAAGCAAGGAGGAACAUUGGGAAACUUCAUUAAAUGGAAUUUUACAAAGUUCAUUAUUGAUAAAAAUGGCAUUCCCGUCGAAAGACAUGGUCCUAAAACUGAUCCUUUGGACUUGGUCAAAUCUCUUGAAAAAUAUUGG